CAAAAUACUGAGAAGUUUGGAAAUAUUAACAUUCUCAAAUCAGAGUAUCAAACUAUAAAUAGAUAUAUAUAAUUUGCUCGUUGCACCCCCAAUUCCCCUUCAAUUAAUAGUCAUAUUAUAGUACAUCUCUUUGAACCUUUUGAGCUUGUUGAUCCCCAGACUUCUGACUUUAAUUGUCCUGAAAGUAUACACAAGAAAAGGAAACAAAAAAAGAAAAAAAAAAAAAAACAGCCCCUCCCCCGAGGCCCCAUAUCAUAGUACUCUAAUGGAAGGCAGUUGAGCGGGCUCUGGAAUUCAAAUGGAUGGUGAGUUUCUUCAGGAAGUUGGCGCUUUUCAAAAAGCUUCAGAUGUGAGUGACCUAAUGCCUUGUGAACUGGAGUGGAAGAUAAAAACUUGUUUUAUCGAUUUUGUAUGUAUAUUUUGGAGCAGAAGACCCAAGGAUGAGUUGCACUACCAACACGAUUUUCCCUAUGAUGGGUGAGUUACUGAAUAUCAACUGUGGAUCGAUACUACUUACUCUUUUGGCCAUGUCAAUUCACUCAUGCGUUUUUGUUUAGUAAAUUUAAAUAUUCUCUUCCUGAUUUUGAUUCAGCUGCUGCUGUUUUUGAUCAAAGCUACCAAGAGAUAGUGAAAGAUAAGUUCGAUUCUAUUCUUCACAAAAAAUUGAGUAAACAUUGUUCUUAUUUAAUUCAAUUCUGGGCACCCAUUAAGGUCAACGGGUCGACUUUCCUAUCGAGUGCGGAUCAACCAUUUCUUCUCCGUAGGAAACUAGAUAAGGGGUUGUGUUCAUAUAGGAGGUCUGUCUAGAUACUUUGAUUCCUACUGACGUUAACAAUGAUGAAGUUGGUCUUCUUGGUCCCCUUGGACGAGUUUUCAAAAGUGGAUUGCCAGAAAUCAACUUCGGCAGCUGCAGUUACGCAGUCAUACAGUUUCCAAUGCUUAAAAAUGCAAUUCGGUUGGGCAUCCGUCAAUAUUUUGCAAUUCCGGUGUUGAAGCUCCACGACAAGCAUUGCGUUGGUGUACUUGAAUUUGCAUCUGCGGAACCAUAUGUUUCUUAUUUUAUUCCCGGCCUUAUUGAGUUGUAUGAUAAUGCUGGACUUGGCCAAAUGGAGACAGCGUUAGAUGUGAUCUGUACAAUACACAGUUUAUUGUUUGCUCAAAUUUGGAUUCUAGAUCCCAAUCAUGCUACCUCCAUAAAUGCCCUGAUUUCUGCUGGUACGAAAAGUUAUGACAGUUCGAGUACAGUGUAUGGUGAUUUUGCAGAUGCUUCUAGCUUCUCUUAUAUUCAGACGGGUAAGGGAGUGGUGGGGAGGGCAUUUUCAUCCCAAGGUUCGUGUUUUCGCAAAGAUGUUACUCUGUUAAGCCUGACAGAGUACCCUUUGGUGCCUACUGCACGUAUAGCUAGAUUAACUGAGUGUUUUGCAAUUUGCUUGAAAAAUACUCGCGCUGACAAGUUAGUUUACGUAGUUGAGUACUUUCUUCCACCCAGAGGAAUGGUUGAUAGAGAUGUGGAAAUUUUCUUAAAUAUGAUUUUAUCCACAAUGAGAGAGCCACUUCCAGGUGUCACAGUUGCUUCUGGAAAAGAACUAGGGCAGAGGAUGCUCGUUGAAGUUCUUAAUGUUUCUCCAUGUGAUGAACUUGAUUCAUUUGAAAUUGGCCAACCUCUCCCAAUUUUUCAAUCACUUCAGGAGAGAGGAGAAACAACAGAGAUAUAUUCUUUGUGUCAGCAGUCAAAUAUACAUGAUUGGGAGGACAAUUUAUCUACUGGACUACUUGUUCCGUCUUGUUCUUCACGUAGGCUUGACUAAUUCAAUGACGAAGAGCUAGUGCAAGUUGAUUUAUUACUUGAGCAUCCAACAGGGGCAGCUAUAAGGAACGGAGGAAGGGUUGAUGUGGAUGAAGCACAUGAUCACAUUGAAAUUGAAAAGGACGCCAGUGAAAUUAUGCAACUUGUCUCAUUUUGAGCAAGAAAAUGUAGAAACUGAUUAUACAUGCAGCGCAAGGAGUAAUGACAAAGUGGAGCAUAGUGAUAUUGCUAGGUGUGGAAGACAGUCGGUUGAAGCCGAAAGUAUAAAUGGAGAAAGCAACUGGGUCAGUAGAGAAACGACGAACAUCCUGAGAAUUGAUUCACAGAAGAACAGCUCAAAACAGAGGAUACUAAAAGAUUAUGGGAUUACUCGCGAGAUACUGGAGGAGCAUUUUGGCAUGUGUCCUCAAGAUGCUGCCAAAAGUCUGCGUGUUUCUGUACCAACAUUCAAACGAAUAUGCAGAGAAUAUAAUAUCUCCAGAUGGCCACAUCAUAAGACUAGAAAGGUUUAUCCCCAUGUUAGCCAAGGCAUAUCUUUACAUGGUGUUGAACCAUAUGAGGGAGAUCAACAAUGUCCUAAUCUUUCCCAAGAAAAGGGCACACAGAUAGAUCUUGUGGUAGUUUGAUGACUGUAAAAGUUACGUAUAGAGAUGAUAUCUUUAAGUUCAAACUCAACCCUUCAUCGAGCAAGGUAAAACUUGAGGGGAUCGUGGAGAAGCAGCUUAACAUAUCACUUCAAAAGUUUUCAAUGAAGUAUCAGGAUGAAGAUGAUGAUUGGGUUACGAUAACUGAAGAUGCAGAUCUGAGGGAAGGUAUGCAUGAAUUAAGAUUGUUGGGAAGGACUACUAUGAAAUUACUAGUUACCCCAAAAUCUGACACAUGAAGGAUUUGCCCUGGAGUAAUUCAGCAGCAUGAGUGUGUUUAAGAACUUGUACUAGCUGAACUCAAAAGUAAAAAAACAAAACAAAGUAAUAAAUAAAUAAGUCUCUUGCUGUUUUUCACCUCUUAUUUCUGUUUUUCAAUGUAGUGUUAAAAAAAUUUAAGAGAAAAAAAACCAAAUGAGGUGCUACUUGUUCAUCUUUUUAUCAACUAAGGAGUGAACCAUUUUCAGCAUGAAUAAAUCCUUUCAUAUUUUUAAA